UUAACAAUAAUCAUAUUAACCAUGUCUUUCCACCACAGUGCAUGUGAUAUCCAUCUAAGAGGCGAGCCCGGUUGCACUUUUUUGGCUGCGAUUUGCAACAACGAGGAGGGUAGUGGUCUUUCCGACAAUAUCACUCUUGAUAAAUGUCUAGGAAAUGACAAUGGCCAUUUCAGGUGGGGUGGGAGAAAUUUCAGCCGCGAUGCACGGAAUAUCACCCUUGUAGCCCAGGGACCAGAUAAAAAUCCUGUGCUCCAUUCUGAUCUCCGGAACUCUUCUGGUGAUUAUGUUCCCAGCGAAAUUGAUCUGGCUACACACAUAGCCAAUAUCGACGGCCAGCUUGUUUACUUAUGCUAAAUGUCCGCCUCAGAAUGGGAAAUUAUCAUGAUGAGUUAGCUACCGAUCCCAUGUCAUAUCCUUUAUAUCAUCAAUAGUCAAUCA